AAUCGCUCUACCUUUCCCGGGACAGUCUCCGGAUUCGUACUGUCUAGUUUAGACUUCAAGCAGCUAUAAGCGGAUUAUCGGCCGCCGAGAGAUGGCAGGGGCCAACAGGGAGGGGAAUUUGGAUCGUUCUGCGGCUCCGGUGAGACUGAUGAACUUCGUAUCGGAAGAUCAGUUGGAAGAAGCCAAGAGAACCCGCGGGGCUCGGGUUGAAGACGGAACUGCCCAAAGAGAUAGGUCAUUGUACGAGAUACUAAAGGAGAACAAGGAUAAAAAAGAUGCGGAGUUCAAUGAACGCAUCAAGCAUAGGCCACCCAAAGCACUAGAUGAGGACGAAACUGAUUUUCUUGACAAACUCGAGGAGUCGAGGCGAGAAUAUGAAAAGCAACUUGUUUACGAGGAAGAAAAGCAGCUUCAAAGUUUCCAAGCAGCAGUUGCUGCACAGUCUGCCAUUGUUCACGAGCUCAAGGAAACACCAAUAGCUCCUAAAAUUCAGGAUCAAAGAACUGUCGGUGCUGGGAGAAAGAAUCCUCCUGCCAAGCCCUUGGGAAUGUUGAUAAAGGUUAAGCCACAAGCGAAGAAAGCUAAAAUGGAUAUUGAAACUUCUGAAAAUUCUGUUUGGGGCAAGACAGCACAUCACAGUGAUCCUAAAGAGUCCGAGGGAUGCACGAAGACUCCAAUAACUGAUAUCGUCAAGUCCGAAUCUCUCGCAAAAGGUAGUUUAGUUGAGUACAGUGAUGAAAGCGAUGAUGAUUAGUUUGCUUCUUGAGAUAUAUAUAUAUAU